AUGGGAGUGAAGGUUGAUGGCUGGCAGCUACACCAUUUACGCUUUGCUGAUGACAUCGUACUGAUAACACCUAGCAUUAGCCCAGCGGAACGAAUGUUGACCGAAUUCGAAGAAAAAAGUGGAUGCAUCGGUCUUCAGCCGAAUCUCCAGAAGACGAUGUUCAUGCGCAACGAAUGGGUCUCGGAUGCCUUAUUUCCGCUCAACGGAACAUAUCCGAAUGCACCAGCUACGUUUAUCUGGGUCGAAAUUGAACAUGAUGAACGACCUAACCCCCGAGCUGGGCAGGAGGAGACGAGCGGCUUGAGGAGCAUACAAGAGCAUCGAGUAUGUAUUGAAGAAGACCAGGAACACCCGGCUCCGUGCUCACCUCUUCAACACCACCGUACUUCCUGCUUUGACCUAUGCUUCGGAAACCUGGGCAUUUCGCAAGCAGGAAGAAAACGCGGUGAGCGGUCGAAUUCGAAUCAGCGAACGCGCAAUUGA